AGGACCAGGAAGCGAAGGAGGUGGCAGUAGUCCCCAAAUGCUGUCCAAGUGGACAGAACCUCACGGUGGAGAUCGUUGAUGGGACUGUGAAGACAGUCUGCUCCCGGUCUACAUUGACUUUCCAGCCAGUGUUCCAUCAAGCGAAUGAGACUCACAUCUUCAGUUAUGAUACUAACGUUUACGAGACCCUUGUCGGGAACCCAUGCCGCUAUGAGAAGUACAAACUAGAACCAGAUAUACACAGUGAAGAUGAGUUUUACCUUCUGGUGAAUGGGUCUCUCUUUGUCCCGUACUCAAGACCUUACCUUCUCGGUACACGGGAUUAUUGCAUGGAGACAUUUUGGAACGAGUCGACACCAGCUGGAGUUACUCUACCAGUUGUUUGCUUUGAUACUCCUAUGGAGGACACAAAGACAUCAUCUACACUCAUCGCCUAUGCUACAGGGUUGCUAAUAUCGGUACCGUUCCUAUUGGCGACGGCCUCAGUGUACCUAUUCAUCACGGAGCUACGAGAUACUCAUGGGAAAGCCCUGGCUUGCCACACCGUGUGUCUGGCGCUGGCAUUCACAUGCUUAGCAGCCACACAGCUUGCUGGCCAUGCAUUCCCUGCUGCUGCUUGUACUGUUAUGGCAUACUUGAUACAGUUUUCAUUCGUGUCAUGUUUCUUCUGGCUGAACGUGAUGUGUUUCGAUAUAUUCUUGAAUGUUCGGAGAUACAUAAACGCAUCAGUAACAAGACGCAGUAUGAGACGAAGAUUCGCAUGGUACUGCGUGUAUGCAGUCCUUUUUCCAAUACUACUGCUCAUAGUGACCAUCACCAUGGACCUCUCACCAGCAGUUCCUAGCACUUAUCUGAAGCCUAAUUUCGGGGUCAAGGGAUGCUGGUUUAAAACGGAUCAAGCAGCAUUACCAUACUUCUAUGGACCAGUGGCGCUGAUCCUCUUCAGUAACCUAUGUAUAUUUUUCUUCACAUCAAGAGCCAUAGCUACACAUUACGAUAAACUAAAGGAUGUUACUCCUUUAGAUCUGACACACUCAGACUUCAGCACGUCAGAUGACUGGGUACGGCUCAGAUCAGUACUGGGGCAGCCAGUACCAGAAACAGCAUCUUCACCACCACAAGAAGCUCCCACGAACUUCAAUCAGAGGCUCAAGAAGUACAAGAAAUUGUUCCGUAUGUGCUGCCUCCUCUCGUUCAUCAUGGGGUUGUCGUGGGUACUGGAAGUAGUGUCAUGGGCGGCAGGUGCAGGCUCUGACGUCAUGUCCGUUUGGUCGGUGUUCGACCUCGUCAACGCACUGCAAGGAGUCGUCAUCUUCGCUAUAUUUGUAUUACAACAACCCGUCCGUUCUCUUGUUAAGUCCUCACAUCUCUUCUCGACCUGCAAAAGGAAAAAGGACGGCUCAGAAGUGUCUGUAGUGAGUGAAAGAAAUAGUAUCAUCGCAGGCGCUGGGAGAAGGGACUAUGUGUAGUGCAGUGAAGUGAACGACAAUGUAGUCAGUGAUCAAGUGAAUGAUAGUGAACAAGACACGUCUCGUGAACAACUUGUUCACAUUCAAGGUAAUACACUCGAGACUGAUAAUGGUAACAGUAUUAUUGGCUUUGAAGAUUUAGCGGUGAGUGGUGCUCCUCAACUAUAUGAAUACGAAGGCAAAAUAACAAAUUAUUUUAUGUUAUUACAAGUCCAAGUUCUUAACGAUGCUUGUGAUGUGGGCGAUUGAGUCUAUUAGAAAUUUUAAUUAGAUAUAAAUAUUUAUGUUAUACUUGUUGUUGAAAGUUAUUUUGCAAAGCAUCACAACGAAAUAAUUCUUGAUCAAAUUGAGUUUAACAUCAAUCCAUAAAAUGUUGUAAAUAAAAAUUGCACAUUUCCUUAAAUAGGAUUACGAUUUGCUUUGAAACCGCUCACAUUGAAAUCUUCAAAGCAUUGCGGAGUAACUGUGAAAGGUGUAUGAACUUCAUUCAUGAUUUCAUUCCUGUGAUAGAGCCUUAAAACUUGUUUAUAAUAUUAUUUGCAAAAGUUCUAUCGUCAUUUUGUUUUGCUUGAAUUGUUUGUUUGAUAAUUAUAAUUAGUGUAAUUGUACGUACUAUGAACUAACAAACUGUUUAUAGGUUAAUUUAAGCAUUUAAGUUACCGUGUUUUAUGGCUGGGUGCUCUAGUUGAUACAACGAUACACAAGGCUUACUUUAUUAUUUAAGUUACGUAGUUAAUGCAAUUGUUAUAUUGAUUAUGUUUGAGUUUAUUCAAGGCAGCCGUGGCUAAGAUCUGCCUAACCCAGCCUCGCUUGUUAAACAUAUGGUUGUUAAUACUUAGUGUAAGAAAAUUAAAUAUUUUUAUAAAGUACAUGACCAAGUUAAUGAUUUUAUCUAAGCAUUAGCUGAUGUGACCUCUGCAUCGGAACCUACAUUCUUGAUAGACGAAAAUAUGUAGUGCCAUACGAUAGAAAAUAGUGAACUGAAAAGUGGUGCAUUUGAUUUCCUUUACGAGAGCUAGUCAUAAUUUAAAAUUAAUAAAUGUUAUAAGCAAGUAGGUUAUUUAAUUUAUUUUCGUAAUUAUUAUUAAGGUGGACAUUUUUCGACCGGUACAGUUUUGUAUCAAAUUACUGGGUUUUGCUGGCAAGAACGUUUACGGUAAAGAAAUGACGUCAACUUUUUGUUUUUGUUGUUAAACACAAAACAUAAUGUAUGGAUGUCCUUAUCCCAUUAGUUAGAAAUACAUAAAAUCGUGUCUAUUUCUCGCAUUUUCUGAAAUACAACAUAAGAAUUCUUUGAAUUGUUGUUCAAUAAUUAUCCUUAUGCUAUAAAUAAAGAGGUUUACUAGUUAAUGCUCAAUGCUCAUUCAUAAUUAACGGGGACAGGAAAAUAUUGUGCUUUGUAUUUUUUUUGUAUAUAUUGACAGAUUCCAUUUAGAAUUAGCUUUUGGGGAAUUCACUAACACUUUUUUAAUAAUUAAACUACAUUUAUAUCUGCAUUUAUGAAUGUUGUUUCUUAUUU